CAGCCGCCGGAUCCUGCCACAAGCGCCAGUCCCUCCCGCUUCUGAGGGCCGCCGCCGGCCCCGGAGGGGACAGCCAUCCGGCCAGCCCGGGAGAGGACAACCAGCGGGGCGAGGGAGGGGACAGUCAGCCAGCCCCGGAGGGGACAGCCAGUGGGGCGAGGGAGGGGACAGUCAGCCAGCCCCGGAGGGGACAGCCAGUGGGGCGAGGGAGGGGACAGUCAGCCAGCCCCGGAGGGGACAGCCAACGGGGGCACGAAGCGCGACGCCCGGCGCAGCGCGUUUCCCUCGCUCAGCAGACAGUCCCGCAGGCAGCGGGCGGGGAGGAUCGUCUCCGCUCCGCUCCGUUCGUCUCGGUGAGGGGGUAGAGGAGCGGGGGGCGGAGAGCGGAGAGGGGCGAUCGCCGAGCAGAUCUGUUCAGAGCGGACUCCUCGCCGCCGCCGCCGCGCAGCGUCUCGCUGCGGCUCUUGCUCUGGGGCUUGCACCGGCGGCAGGCAGCGCCCGGCUCCGUGUGCGGGCGGCGGGAGUGGAGGCGGAGGCGGCCCCGGCGGGGCGCAGUGUCCCCGUAGCUGACGCCUCGUCCCCUCUCUCCGCGCAGGUCGGCGCUGACGGCGGCGGGCGCCCGGCGGGGGAUCGGCCGCGGCGCAGCGCCAUGCCCGCCGCCCGGACGCGGCGGCUGCCCGCCCUUCUGCUCCUGCUCUUGCUGCUCGGCUGCCGCGCCGAGGGAGGCGGCUCCCUGCGCCCGUCGGGCCCGGGCAGGCAGAGCCCGACGGCCGGGACCCCGGUACUGCGAGGCGCAGAGCCCAACGCUUCCCGCCCGGCCGCGCUGCCCAAGGGCGGGGGAGCGGCUGGCGGGCGGCCGCGCUCGGCCUCGCCCCCCAUGUGCACGGGGCAAACUGAGAUCAAGGAGACUUUCAAGUACAUCAACACGGUGGUGUCCUGCCUUGUUUUCGUCUUGGGCAUCAUCGGCAACUCCACGCUGCUGCGGAUCAUCUACAAGAACAAGUGCAUGAGGAAUGGCCCAAACAUCCUCAUCGCCAGCUUGGCCCUGGGCGACCUGCUUCACAUCAUCAUCGACAUCCCCAUCAACGUCUACAAGCUGCUGGCAGAGGACUGGCCCUUUGGUGUUGAAAUGUGCAAAUUAGUACCCUUCAUUCAGAAGGCAUCAGUGGGCAUCACAGUGCUGAGCUUAUGUGCUCUCAGUAUAGAUAGGUACCGAGCAGUCGCUUCUUGGAGUCGCAUUAAAGGAAUCGGAGUGCCAAAGUGGACUGCUGUCGAAAUUGUAUUGAUCUGGGUUAUAUCGGUGAUACUGGCUGUUCCAGAAGCUAUUGCAUUUGACAUGAUUACAAUGGAGUACAGAGGAAAGGAUCUUAGAAUUUGCCUGCUUCACCCCACUCAGAAAACAUCUUUUAUGAUGUUUUACAAGCAAGCUAAAGAUUGGUGGCUGUUCAGCUUUUACUUCUGUUUGCCACUGGCUAUCACAGCAUUUUUCUAUACUCUUAUGACCUGUGAGAUGCUACGAAAGAAAAGUGGGAUGCAGAUUGCUUUAAAUGACCACUUAAAACAGAGACGUGAGGUGGCCAAAACCGUGUUCUGUCUGGUACUUGUUUUUGCCUUGUGUUGGCUCCCACUUCACUUAAGCAGAAUAUUGAAGCUCACUAUUUAUGAUCAGAAGGAUCCCAACAGAUGUGAACUCUUAAGCUUUUUCCUUGUGAUGGACUACAUUGGUAUUAACAUGGCUUCACUGAAUUCCUGCAUCAAUCCCAUAGCUCUGUAUUUGGUGAGCAAAAGAUUCCAAAACUGCUUUAAGUCAUGCUUGUGUUGCUGGUGCCAAUCCAAAGAUCUGUUGUCCCUGGAGGAAAGGCAGUCUUGUUUAAAGUUCAAAGCUAAUGAUCACGGAUAUGAUAACUUCCGUUCCAGUAACAAGUACAGCUCUUCAUAAAACAAGCAUAAAGGUAUAUUCUUUUACAUUAAUGCUGGUGCCUUUUUAAGUAAAAGUGGCAAUUACUUUUAACGAGAUGGUAGCGUUUAGAAAAACCUAUUUCUGUGUUUGCACAAAAGAAGAAUAAUUGCCCCAAAACUGCGUCACGUUCAAAAUUAUGGACAUUUAUAAAAUUGUCUUUUAUGGAACAUGAAGAAAAGCAGAGAAAGAUCAAGUCAUUGUUAGCACUUGAAUACUUCUGAAUCAGCACUUCCAAAUGACCCCCAGCUUCCUGUAUUUGCUAUAACAGUUGUAGGAACUGAAGUCACAGUAAUUACUAAGCGGUAUAAUAUAAUGUUAAUUGGAUCAAAAUCGUUAUUAUAUAUAACUCAAUAUAUUAUCUUUUAUAAAGCAGAUUAACCACCAUCACUGUUGUUUUUUUUUCUUUUAAAAUAAAACAUUAAAUACUUUGUAAUAAAGGUUUAAAUGUGAACAAGUAGCGUUUUUAUCAGGGGUGUAUUAUAGCGGUAACUAAUGAGAAUAUUAAAGGUUGCAGUCGAGUCAAAAGUCCACUGAUGGUUGUUUUCACCUAUUAUCGUUAGACAGAACCUCCCAAGGCCUCUAUAAAUGGUAAUUUUUUAAUCA